AUGGCCGUCCCCUUCGAAGCAUUGAUUCCAUAUGGAAUCAUCCUUGCCAUGUUUAGCGCUACCGGCGCAGGACUUUCCAAAUUUAGAAAUUGGCAAAAUGGCGGCAAGAGAGCGAGGCGAUCGUUAGAUCAGUGGGAUAGGCAGAUGAUGAACCGCGAUAUGCGCCUUACAGGAUACCUACGAGGACAGAGCGAUGCACCUGCAGCCCCCGCUGGAUUCGAGCUGAACAACCCAUGGCGGGUCGAGAAGCGAUUUACGUAG